GCAAAUGGUUUUUUUUUCUUGGCAACCGUUGACUCUUUUCACAAUUUUCUUUUCGUGUUUGAUUCUAGCCGGUGUUAGCGUACUAAACACAAAUUCGAUAGAAUCAUUCGCCUUUUUCCGGAAAAACCGAGUUUUGUUAUGUGUAAACGUUGUUCGCAUUCAAAAAUUUUGCAAAUCUGGAUGUGUUUAGUGAAGUAAUGAUUACCGCCUCGGAACCUUUGGAAUUUAUUCCACGGGGACGUCUGGCGGUGGACGAGCACCCAGGCCCCCUGGUAUUGAAAAAACCGGCAACGGUUCCGUCCGAUUUCAUCCUGCUGCAGCGGAUGCAAGAUGUUAACAUAUCCCUGGAUGAGAGCCCAUCCGAGAUUUACGUACUGCGAGAGGUGUACGAGCAGCAAAAGUACGACACCGACGGUUGUCCAGGAUUUCUUCUCGAGGCAAACGUGAACACGGAGGAAGAACUGUACGUUAAGGGUAAUACGGCCGUUUGGACGAAAACCGUUGGCAAUGAAGCAGCGGCACCCCACGUUUGUCUCACCUGCGAAAACACCAUAAAGUUUGCUUUCUUCGGGUCAACGGGAUUUUUCUCGGCUGAUGAACUGGAUAGUAAAUCCCCUAAAAAGAAAGAGUGUGCCCCGUCAUCCGGUGUAUGUUUGCUGGACGGCAGUGCGCUGAGAGUUUACUGUAAUAAUGGCGAAAAUUUCAUCACCAGUAUCGAGUGUCCAAUUUCUAAUGUAUAUGUUACCCAACACUGUGUUUUGCUAGAAAAAGAAUCCUCCAGUUCACUGUUGGAGACACACACCAUACCAAUGCCAAGAUUGUUUUCGCUGGCCCAUCCGCUGGAUGAAAUGUCUCCGGUACUGAUUAAGAUGAACAAUGCUACCGUCUAUCUAACGGAGGCCGAGUACCGGUUGGUAUUCUCGUGUGAAGAUAAUGAUUUAAUUUUGAUGUUUGACGAGAAAACCGGUAAGCACUUUGUGUGUUUUCUUCGCAAAGCAACAGACGACGAAAAGAACUUGGUAGGUUGCGGAAACGAAAGUCUAUAUGGGUCACAUGUAGCUUUUAAUGUCAGUAGUAGUAAUUAUACGCACGGGAAUACUCCUUCGCUGGUGGCGACCACACCGCAAGCGUUGUACAAAACUUCGCUUCUAGCACGUCACAGUGCCUCGACCGCCGGUCGGCAUAGUUUUGGCACCACCUUCAACAGCCCCUAUAUAAGCAACCUACAAAUGGGACACACCAGCUCAUUCAACAUAAGCACCGCUGGUCAGUUGACUGGGUCGGGCAAUCGAAAUCAUCUGCAAUCGCAAUCCCAACUUGGAGGAGCAACUCCACUCUCCAGACUGCAAUCCACUUUGGGUGUGUCAGUGUCACUGCAAGAUGUAAGAAAAAUCGGCCAAGCUGAACCAUCCAAACCAAUUGUUCCGGAAAUGUGUCUAGAACACAUUUGGACAGACAGCACUAGCGUUCGAAAAGAAUUCAACGAAAAAGCCUCCACCGGGUUCUUACACGUAGACAUGGUAAAUGACUGCUAUCUAUGCUAUCUACUACCACGCUCGGAGAAGCUCAUGAUGGUGCGUAUUCAGGGAUCCCUUUCAGAAUCGAGAACAGUCACACUAAGCACGGCACCAGUGCAUAUUGCUGCUAAAGAUGUUGUUUGUUUGAAACGCUUGAACUUAAUGGCUGUUCUGGCGCCCUGUGGAACGUUAAUGUUGUACACAGGUCCCGUCCAAGUGGGCAAAGUGCAUGUGGCCGGCAUCCUCAGUAGUUUCGUAACAUCCAGCGCUCUGAGUACAUCAUUCAGCAGUGGUUCGCAGAGUUUUCCCCGUCGCAGCAGUUUAUUGCCUUCGGCGCUCGUAACCCAGGCAGAGUCACGCUUCGAUGAAGAACUUCACAUGCUUUCUCCGGUGCAACCCUUGCCAAUGACUUCAAUUAGCAUAGCCGCAUCUCGGCUUAGCAAUUGUCACAGCAUCCGUGACGGAACGGGAAAUCGUUUGACGUUGGUGUUUUCUAGCGAAAAAAUGUUCCGCAUCUCGCUCCCGACCAUGAGUGAGUCGCAACUGAUGUCGCGUUGUUUAUUGGCCUUGCGGGAAGCCCUACCAAAGCAUUUAGCGCUUGAGUUGCUUAUCCGCUGGUACGGAACUCGCAAUGCUCCGGGAUCGCGCAAUUUAAGCGUCGAUCGGGAGUGGGAUUCAUUUCGAGCAAUGCUUUUCCAGCAGCUGGGCAGACCGUUUCCUCCUGCCGAAAGUGGACAGAUGAACAAAUCCAGUGGUUCCAGCAAGUCAUCUUUUGAUGAACCGAAAAAAAGACGCAAAAGUGAAAACUGCCUCGGAAGUGACCAGGACUGGGAAUUUUUGCUUAAGAACACUGUGCAGCAAAGGCCGGUCUUUGUCACUGACGCUGACACGCAGUCUGAGAACGAACUAGUCGCCUACAAUCCAGGAAAAAUCUUGUUCUCAUAUAUACCAAAAAUUCUAUCAACGCUUCAUUUAGUCUACGAAGACAUGAAGCUGGAUCCAUUGCUUCGGAGUGAAAUGAAAUUGUUAGCGGAAUGUUUGUACGAACUGGCGUUCGAUUUGAAAUUGGAAAAACUCCAGCUGCACUAUUACCUGGAUUUUCAGCAUUUGAUACAUCUGCGUUCCUAUUGUUACGUGAAGAAACAAGAUAUGGGCAAGUUUGUCAUUACAGUAGAACAAGAAUUCGAAAGCAUUCCAAACAUUUUCCAGUACAUUUACAGCCUCAUUGCUUGCACUGGAAACGCUACAUUGACCCCAUAUCCGUUCUUUGACCGAGUGAAUAAUCGCAGCCGUGACAUAAUUCUCAUCGUCGCCUAUUUAUACAAAACUAAAGGGCUUGCUAGCUGGAUCACGCAGCAGUUGGAGAACAUUCUAAGCAACGCCAAGCUACUGUCUCUGGCCAGUGGCGUAGAAGAUAUAAUGACCAACACGGUUAUUCAAGUGCUCAUUAAACGUGGUUUCAAUCGAACCAACAUAGAACGACUACCGAUAAGUAUUUACUAUAUGAUCGCUCAAUUUUUGGAAAGCAACCGCAACAAGCCGCUCAAUAUCUAUGAAGCAGAAGUGUACGAGUUACUGCUCCGUCCAGAACUGCUGGCCCAUGUUACAUUCGACGCUCAACAACAAUCGGUCAGGUCGAAGAAAAAUACUGCUGGUUUGAAAGAGCACUCACUGUCGCUCCGCCGAAAACCACAGCCGGAAGUAAUUCCAAAAAACGAAGCAAAACAGGAAGAAAGCGGAAUGGAGAACAUGGAUACAAAACUCCUACGGUUGAGAUUCCCCGAUGACUUGCGGAUCAACGAUGUGAAAACAUUCCUCAAUAGUUCGCAACCGGUGACGAUAGACAUCGUACAGGCACCGAACGUUUCCGAUCACGAAUUUAUCGAAGAACAAGAAAAGCAGCUGUACGCACUGUGCAUCCGCACGAUGGCGCUGCCAAUUGGUCGUGGAAUGUUUACACUGCGCACGAGUCGUCCAACCGCAACUCAAAUCCUGCCGGUUCCGAAGCUGUGUCUCACUGGCAAAGAGAUUCAUCGAGGCGCAAUGAUCGAGAUCCAACAGCUGGAGGUGCCGCCCAACAUGAACCUAUGGCCUGCGUUUCACAACGGAGUCGCUGCCGGUUUGCGCAUUUGUUCCGAUACUCCAGACAUUGACUCGACCUGGAUUACCUACAAUAAACCGAAAGGUGCCGCGGAAAUUCCUACGGAGCAUGCCGGUUUUCUGAUGGCGUUGGGGCUGAAUGGCCAUCUGAAGACGCUUUCCUUUAUGAGUAUCUAUGAGUAUCUUGUGAAGUGUGACGAGAUGACCAGUUUGGGUUUACUGCUCGGGAUUUCUGCCACCCAUCGGGGUACGAUGGAUACGAAAACCACUAAACUUUUAAGUGUCCAUAUCGAGGCCCUCUUACCCCCUACUGCUGUCGAGUUGGACAUUUCGCAAAACAUCCAAGUCGCUUCGCUCAUGGGAAUUGGUUUGGUGUAUCAAGGCACUGCCAAACGGCACAUAGCGGAAGUGCUUUUACAGGAGAUUGGGCGCCCCCCGGGACCCGAAAUGGAAAAUUACGUCGAACGUGAAUCCUACGCACUAACUGCAGGUUUGGCACUCGGGUUAGUAACUCUUCAGCAGGGUGAGAAAUCUACCGCUUUGCGUGAUUUGGACAUUCCGGACACUCUCCAUUACUACAUGGUAGGCGGCAAUAAGCGUCCCCUUAUUGGGGCGCAGAAAGAGAAGUACAAACUUUCGUCGUUCCAAAUUAAAGAAGGCGAUACUGUGAACAUCGACGUAACUGCUCCCGGCGCCACGCUGGCUCUUGGGCUGAUGUACUUCCACACGAGUAACGAGGCGAUCGCAAACUGGAUGAAACCUCCGGACACAACCUACUUGUUGGAUUUUAUUCGUCCCGAUUUGCUACUGCUUCGAAUAGUUGCGAGAAAUCUCAUCUUGUGGGACAAUAUUCAUCCUUCCACCGAAUGGGUCUACAGUCAAAUCCCACAAACACUUUCGGAGUUAAUCAAAAAUCGCUUGCAAACCGAUGAAUUACAACAACCGACCGACCAUGAAGCACAGUGUCAAGCAUAUUGCAAUAUCGUUUGUGGCGCAGCCAUUUGUAUUGGAUUAAAAUACGCUGGUUCAGCUGAAGAGCAAGCUUUCACCACCCUGAACUAUUUGUUAAUAUAUUUUCUCGAAAUCCACGCUCGUCCAUUCGGGGAUUACGCCGGAAAGCAAACAAUAGAAAACUGCACUAUCAUGAUUCUGCUUGCACUGUCAAUGGUGAUGGCAGGUACGGGGGACGUCCGGGUGCUGAGGAUCAUCCGAAUGCUUCGAUCUCGUUUUGGCCAGUGUCAUGUAACAUACGGCUCACAUAUGGCGGUCCACAUGGCCUUGGGAUUUCUGUUUCUCGGUGCUGGUCGGUUUACAUUGUCCCGAUCACCGGAAGCGAUCGCAGCAUUGGUAUGCUCGAUAUUCCCCAAAUUCCCCACCCAUAGCAACGACAACCGCUAUCAUCUGCAAGCGUUCCGUCAUUUAUAUGUGCUGGCAAUCGAGCCGCGACUGUUCCUGCCACGGGAUAUCGAUAGUGGCAAAUUGUGCCUGUGCGAGAUUCACUAUCUGGAACGAGGCAAAACAGUGCCGGUAAAACUGAUGGCUCCGUGUAUGCUACCGGAACUCCAUACACUCAGUAAGGUGUAUGUGAACGAUCCCAACUACUGGCAUGUCUAUUUUGAUAAGGAUAAUUGGAGCAUCUUAGAAAAAAUUCUUCAGGCUAGCGGCUGCAUCGACAUUAAGCAGCGGGCCGGCUGUUUAUCCUAUCUGGAGGAUCCAAACCGUCUCAAAACGAUGCUUAGUCAUACUUUGACUGCCGAUAAGUACAACUCAUGGAAAAUCGACGUUAAAAGUUUACUAGCCUUCUCCACGGAUCAGCGCAUUUCGAACGUUGCAAACAAAUUUCUUCUGUUAGCGAAACGCAACGAGAACGAAUCGAUUUCGUCAGUUGAGCAGGACAUAAUUCAAACAUUGAUUUUGCAGACCUACUACUGCCUCACCCAUGACAAAAUGCACGGACUUUCGAUCUUCAUGAAUCUAAUGAAUAAUAUAAUCAAUUUCGAAUCAACCUGUCCCGCUACGGAGCUUUGGCAGUUUCGUAUCCUAGCUGCAAUCCUGGCACGUAAAAAAGGAAUUCCAGAAGCCGAUCUGCUGGUAUCACCGGAUUUACUGCAAUCUUUGAUCGAUCGUAUCAAACUGCUAAUGGAACAAUUACUGGAUAAAACUAGCCAUCUCAUUCGUUCUCAUGUGGUAGCUGCACCACAGGAUCGAACGUUGAAUGAUCUGUUGUCCCAGCUAGCGCAUAAUGAUCAACUGCGCGUAGCGCAGGUCAUAACCUUCUACGAUUUACCCAUGAAGGUAUUAAGCAAUCAAACGCUCGAAAAACUCAAGGAAACAGACUAUCUGCGAUUUGUCAUUAGUUUCCAGCAGCAACACCCACACCUUUCUAUGCAAACCGUAUGCUGUAUAGCGGACGUUCUUGGAUUGUCCACCAAAAUUUAGCGGUGACGCUGUUGGAUUGGGUGUUUCAAUAAAGUUCUGCUGAGAUGUAAUCAAACUAAACUAU